GGAUAAAACGAAUAUUUUGAUAACCCCCAAUUAUUAAUCGCUGCGUAACGUAGUAAUGAAGCGAAUAACAAUUCGAUUAUUGAGAAAUAAUGGUUUCACCCUAAAAAAUAAUUGGAUGGAGAAUUUUACUCCUAUGGUAAUGUUACAUGACCACUUACAGCAAUUGAGAGAAUCGCCAUCAACUAAACUUUGAUUGAUCGAAAAGAAUACAUGAAGACGUUGAAAGAGGUGAUCAUUAAAAAUUCAUAUGCAAACCUGAUUAUCCACUGAAAAAUAUACCAAAUAAACGUCAAAAAUUAUACACAAAUAAAAAUUCAUUAGAAAGUUGGUGUACUUUAGGAAAAUGUGCUCUUGAACUUGAAAAGAGUUGGACAAUCUAGACCUAACCUCAAUAAUCGUAAUAUCGGUAAUCAUAGUGUGAAAAAUGGCACAGAGGUAUAAGAGAAACAUUCGGAAAGACAUUGAGAAGGUCAUAGCAACUGAAUCGCGACGUCGAGGACGUAGUUUACCUGAAGUUGAAGAAAAUGCUGUGAUGGAUACGUUGCUGGAGUAUUUGCUAUCAGCAGCCAAAAGUAAAAGUGCUAUUAAGCACACAGAUAUCAAGUAUUGUGUGAUCCCAGAUCAUGCCAAGUAUUACCCGAAUCUGAUGGCAAAAGCUAAAGCUGUUCUACUUCAGGUUUUUGGGUAUAAGUUAAUAGGUACGGGUGGUCAGAAAUUAAUUCUUGUUAAUUCACUUCGUCGGGAAGAGAUUAGUCCUGAAGGCGAGGAUGUUCCUACCCAGAUUCUUCUUCUCCUGGUGUUGUCACAUAUAUUCAUCUCCGGAGAGCCCUGCAAAGAAGUAAGUGUGAUUAACUAUCUGGCAAGGUUGAACAUUUGGAGAGACCAUGGCGGCCUUCAUCCUUACUUUGGAAAUAUUGAGGAAAUGCUACGGAAGACGUUCGUUAAUCAGUUCUACUUAGUACGAUCUAGAACAGCAGAAAUCGGCAAAGAAACUUUCGAAUAUCUGUGGGGUCCCAGAGCAAAAGCCGAGUUUGACGCAAAAACUGUAGUGGAAUACGUCAGCGAGGUGACGAAGAAUCUACCAGCCACCGGUUGGACUUUUCAAAAUCAAAGAGCCUGCUCCCCAGAAACACCAGCCGCAUAGAUUCCUUUAGACUGGAUAAAAACGUGUAAUCUAAAGUUUCAAGGCCUCACUAUAAUUCUUCAGUCAAAUUGAAACCGUACAACAGUUUCGACAGGGAUUACAGUGUUGAAAACGUGUGGCUAUUGAUGACUGUUCUCUCUCCCAACGCGUGACAUGGAUGUCUUACUAAUUUCUAGCAUUUUCUUUCGUCAAAGUAACAAUAAAUCUUUGCAGGAAUUAAAACCGAAAGAAUUCUCAGAGUUAUAGCUCAACUUUUCCAUAUAUUUUCAUUAUUUCAUGAAUUUUUUAAUGUAUCAGAAUAACUUC